CAUUGUGCAUCGCGGUUUAGAGGUUUGUGUGUGGUUGCUAGAGUGAGGAAGGAUGGCUAUCACAGGUUCAACAUCAACUGCUCAACCUCAGUUUAUCACUAGCAUUGGGAAUGGAACUUCUUCGAAUGUUCCGCUGAUCGAGAACCAAGACUCCAACCAGAUUAUAGUCCCUGAUAGAAAAGGUUGGAAAAACUUAUUCGCAUAUAUGGGUCCUGGAUUCCUUGUUUCUAUUGCAUAUAUUGAUCCUGGGAAUUUUGAAACGGAUCUACAGGCAGGGGCACAGUACAAGUAUGAGUUGCUCUGGAUCAUCCUAGUUGCUUCUUGUGCUGCCCUUAUCAUUCAGUCCCUUGCAGCCAACCUGGGGGUGGUCACAGGAAAACAUUUAGCAGAGCAUUGUAGAGCUGAAUAUCCAAGGGUACCGAACUUCAUCCUAUGGGUGCUUGCUGAAAUUGCUAUCGUUGCAUGUGACAUACCUGAAGUGAUUGGAACAGCCUUUGCACUGAACAUGCUCUUCAAUAUUCCUGUAUGGUGUGGUGUUCUUCUUACUGGGCUUAGUACUUUAGUUCUUCUAGCACUGCAGCAAUAUGGGGUGAGGAAACUUGAGUUCUUGAUCGCUUUUCUGGUUUGUACCAUUGCUGCUUGCUUCUGUGUGGAGCUUGGAUAUGCAAAGACCAACUCUUCAGAAGUUAUCAAGGGGCUUUUUGUUCCUUCGCUCAAAGGCGAUGGAGCUACUGGCCUUGCAAUUUCACUCCUUGGUGCUAUGGUCAUGCCGCACAAUCUCUUCCUUCACUCAGCAUUGGUGCUUUCUAGGAGAGUUCCACGAUCCAUUCAGGGAAUCAAGGAUGCAUGCAGAUUUUAUACCAUAGAGAGUGCAUUUGCUCUAAUGGUAGCCUUCCUCAUUAAUGUUUCAGUUAUUUCUGUUAGUGGUACAGUCUGCAAUUCAACAAACUUGAGUCCAGAAGAUCAGACAAGCUGCCAGAACUUGGACUUGAACAAAGCCUCUUUUCUACUAAAAAAUGUCUUAGGCAGUUUCAGUUCAAAAAUUUUUGCAAUUGCAUUAUUGGCAUCAGGUCAAAGUUCUACGAUUACUGGGACUUAUGCUGGUCAAUAUGUAAUGCAGGGUUUUCUUGAUUUGCGUCUUAGGCCAUGGUUACGGAACUUUUUAACAAGAUGUUUGGCAAUAGUGCCAAGUCUAAUUGUUUCAAUCAUAGGUGGCUCUGCUGGGGCUGGCAAAUUAAUCAUCAUUUCAUCGAUGAUUCUAUCAUUUGAACUCCCUUUUGCUCUCAUCCCACUCCUCAAGUUCACUAGCAGUAAGACUAAGAUGGGGUCAUAUGCAAACUCAACUCUGAUAACUGCAGUCACCUGGGUCAUAGGCUCCCUGAUCAUGGCUAUUAACAUAUACUUUAUUGCGACUGGAUUUAUUAAGCUACUACUUCAUUCAGGAUUAAAAGUUGUUUUGGCCGUGUUUGCCGGGAUAUUUGGCUUUUCAGGUAUGUUGAUAUACUUGACCGGGAUUGCAUACUUGGUUUACCGGAAAAAUAAAAAAGUCACACCCUUGUUGCCGUUAGACGAGGCAGACAUUGGACAGAGAAUUGACAAUUUGAAUAAUGGAUCAUUAUAUAGUCACCCCAGAGAAGAUAUAGUAAGCAUGCAAUUGCCUCAGAGGAUAAGAACAGCAGAUAUUGACUAAAGUGAUGAUACUCUUGUUCAAUUAGGCAUGCUUCUUAAAUU